CCACAACCAAAAACUGAACCGGUCCACCACUUCUUCUCCAAACAGUUCAAACACAUCCACAAUGGGUCGGAAAUCCAAACAAAAGUCAUGCUUCGCCUGCGUCGAGACCAAGCGGCGCUGUGACAAGCGAUAUCCAUCAUGCUCGCGCUGUCUCGAUCGGGACGCGGUCUGCACUUAUCCACCUUUGCCAAGGCGACAACCUCUCGACUUCGCUGAGGCUGAAGCUACACCAGACAUGGGCUUCGGAGAUAUGUGGACUUCUUCAGCCGACGCAAAUAGCCUGGCCUUGAUUGGAGAUAUGUCCGAGCCAUGGCUCCUCGAUCCCAUCUUCAGUGCCAGCCUGAAUUGUCCGUCUGUACCGUCAUGGUCAUCCUCAGUUUCAGAUCCAUCCGCAAUAUCAUGUCCAUCCUCAAGUUUGAUGGUCGAGCCUUCGGGUCAGCUGAUGCAUACAUCCCGGGACUUGGGAUGGUUUCUUGGAUCUCAAUCAUGGACUAUAGGAUAUCAUUAUAGCGCACCGGAUACGAUGCCUCCGGCUUCUGUAUUCUCCAAUUUCAUCCGCGGCUUGCAAAAUUGGCUAUCCCGUUUUGUAAAGACAGGGCACAACCCCUUCAUCCAUCGACAUCUCUACUCAGACUCGGGAUACCCGCAGUGCAUUCAAGAUGCGUACUCAGCUUGCGUUAUCUCCAGCGCUGCCAGUAGCGAGAAUGAAACCAUCAUCGAUGCAAUCUCUUCCACUCACAUCACGAACCUACUAAAUGCUCAACCCGCUAGGGGCACCAGUAUCAUCUCCACCAGUGACCAUCUAGCCCGCACUCAAGCCUUUCUCAUUCACAUCCUCCUCGCACUGUUUUCUUCCUCAGUUCAACGACGUACAAGGGCUGAAAAUCUCAUCAGCCUUCUUCACGCUUGGAAAAAUCAGCUAUGGGAGUCCGCAACACACGACAGUACGCUUAACUCACCACGGCUGAUCUUGGCGACUUCUAGCGGAACAGCUGUUGGGGAACUCGAUCCUAUCCCCAGCCUGUACCGCUCAUUUAUUCUCUCCGAAUCCAUUCGCCGCACGGGGCUACUUUGUAACAUCGCCACUGGUGUCUAUAGCGGUCUGAAAGGCAGCAACAUACAGUCAUGCGGGGGCGAUAUUCAUAUUACGACAGAAGCCAAAUUUUGGGAGGCAUCGUCCUCUGCACGCUGGGAGGCUGUUGCGCGACAGACUGAUCCAUUAUAUAUCUACACCCUUAAAGGUCAGGUGCUGCUAGAUCGUGGUGUUGGUGCUGCCCAGGUUGAUGAAUUUGCACGACAUUUGUUUACUAUUAUGUGGGGAUUAGAAAAGGUCGAGACUUGGGUUGUGAGAACUGGAGAUGAGGUUUCUGUUGUGUACUAGAAUAAAGCUAUACGUAAUUGAAG